AUGGGCAACCUGGUUUGGCACGAAUAUAGCCGUCUGGUCUCCGUGACCGCGAGUGUUUAUGCUGUAUGGGCAUCCUUCUGGGCCAUCCUGUACCGCAAGUUCUUCUGGGACUUCGUUAACGGGACAGUGCGCGACCCCGGAGGCAUUCAGCCCGCCAACUCGGACAUGAUCUUCAUUCAGCUGAUCGUGAGGGCGCCGAUCAUCCCCAUACUGGCGAUGGUCCUCGGCUUCAUGCUGAUCGCACUCGAAACACCCUUGCCCAUCCUGAAGUCCACGGCCAUCUAUCGCAGCUUGGUCUUGCGGAUAGUAUUGUUAUUCUUCCAAGCGUUCUUGACCAUCAUGUUCUAUCAAGGAACCAAUGCCGCGAUCUACUCGCUCAUAGCUGCGGGUUGUUACGGAAGAGCUAUAGCUAAGGGAGAAGAAAUGAAAGAGGCUAAAGCGAAUAGAGGGGCGGGCGGUCGGGCGUAA